AAUAAAUGACAUUAUUUCAUUUUUGGGUUAACUAUCUCUUUAAUCUGCUGCUCAAAAACCACAAUAAUUCUUUUCUGAAUUCUUUGUUGAAUAGAAAGACAUUUAUUUGAAAUAGAUGUUUGAAACAUCAUAAAAGAGUUCACUUUCAAUUUUGAUCAAAUCAAUGCAUCCUUGCAGAAUAAAAGGUGCCUAUUAAUUUUUUUUCCAAACAUAAAAACUUGCUGGACACAAACUUUUGAACGGUAGUGUACAUUGUGCUGCUCCUAUGUACAUAUAAAGUGACUGAAACUCCAGCAGCUGUCUGCCUACAUUUACCAAAACUGCCUUUCACUAAGCGCACACAAAAAUGUUUAUUUUUCCGGCAGGGAGUAGCAGCAAACAACAUUCCUGACAUUUAGGAAUGAGAAUGAAAGAAUAUACAAAAAAAAAAAAAAAAAAAACAUUCAAACAUCUCUGAAAAAAUUAGAUUAAACAGUACUCUUGUCUGAUAUAUGUAGAAUACGUCCCCUGUAUGAAAAAAAAUUAUCAUCAAACGAUCAAAAAGAUGAAAGACCGAAAUGGUUAAGGCAACCCGUUUAUCAGGCAGACUAGGAAGUGAGAGCGUAACAGAGGCUAGAGAAAAAUCACAUGACGAUCAGGAUACGAUCCCAUCCACAGUUUCAAUGUUGCGACAGACACAGCCAAUUAUAGCGACAAAUGCUUCCUAACUAGAAAUCAACACGUCAGUCAUUCAUAAUCUGGGUUACUGGGAGGCCGUGCUUGCUUACAAAACACCUUACAACUCAACAGCAGCACUACAACCACACAUUUAGAAAAACGGCAAUCAUCCGACAUCAAAUAUCUAGUUCUAACAUCUGACCAGGAACUGAAGGGGGUUAAAUGAAUCAUCACUAACAGUGAACUAAGAUUGCACUUUCUUUGAUUGAAUCAAUCUCGUCACACAUUACUGUGUUUGACAUCCGCUGGACAAAUGAAAGAUGUCAUUCGCGCUUUUCAAAAUGCAAACCACUUUAGACCUACAUAUAGAGCAUGUUGCCAACAAUUAUACAAGCAAGCAUCACUUCUGGUGACGUACCCAAAACACCUGAAAUAAAGCGAAAGAAACAACGUCAGUUGUUUCGUACACCAACAUCAGAAACGCGGCCUAGCAAUUAUUCACCGAUUACGCACAGUAAACUGACUUUGAGUCACUGUGAUCUAAUCGUCUGUUUAUUUCCUCCAUCGCUCCUAUUUAUCCUGCUAGUUACGAGACCAACUAGAUCGUCCAGAUUACAAUCAAUGUAGACUGUCAGCGCAGGAGCUGUUUUUGAUAGAGGGAGCGUUCUGCUUGUGUCGCGAGCGACGCCUUGUCUGCUAUAUGUGCUAAGGGCGAGGAGCCGAGUAUGUCUCCUCCAUAUAUUGUUUGGAUUGGUCACCACAAGCAGGAAGUGCACCUGACACACAUACGUCAUAAAGGUGGGUGUCUUAAACAAAGAAGGUGACCUCAUAAGGGAAAUGCGGAGCCCAGUCGGUCAGUCACUGAUGGAGGCAAGAGGAACUGAGAUGAAAGAUCAGUCAUGAUUAGCUCAUUAUAUCUUGUGCUUAGUGAUGACAACAGCAUCAAAGAUGCCAGUGCGUUAAUGAUGCUGAGGAAAUGAGAAUGGAGCCACAGUUUGUAAACAAGGUGUCGGAAUUAAACAAGAGUAAACAGACACUCAUUAUUCCUACUGAACUCAGAACACUUAUGUUUAACCUCUUUAAAAGAAUAGUAUUUAUAACAAGUGAUGAAGACACACACACAAAAUUAUUCAAUGUUGUAUUUAUUUGACAUCAGUAUCAGACAUCAAGACAAUGUGAAACCAACAGAAAAGUCUCUUCACUCCUUAAUUUCCUCUUUAUUUAUUUUCAUUUGGAUUACAAAAGCAGAAAUCAAAGUAUUAUAUGUGAAGACUUGAUAAUUAUUGAAACAGCACAUUAUUAGUUUAUAUCGCCUAAUCGAUUUGUGGUGUUGGAUGAUUACAUAAUUGUCCAUCCAUGUGUUCCUUAAUCAGAAUGGCAGCCCUAAACACGAACCAUUCAGCAGGUACGCGCACCUGCUAAUCUGUAGGGAAAUAAGAGUCAUUUCCUUGCAUGGCAAAAGGCGGAGUAUAUGACUGAUGAUCCAGUAAGUUCAGCGCUCAUGCCUCACCCCUCUCGGGACCGCGCCUCCCCAAGGGCUGAAAUGAGUUUCUGCCCCUUUAAGAAGCUGCUCUGUCCAGCACAGCUGGGAUUUCAACAAGGACAGAUAGCGCAAUGAAGAGCAGCGUCGACCCGUCAUCAUGUGCACCGGGCUUCCAAGGACUGCCUGUCCGCUGCGACUUAUUGCCCUCUGCAUCCUUCUCUCCCACGCAGCAGCCUAUUUCGGGCUUACAGGUCGCGAGCCCUUGGUUUUUCUGCCCGGUCCAUUUGCCAACGAGCCUCCAAACGGUAAAGCGCACCUGAAGCAAUGCGAGCAGAUGACUUUGACGCGCCGGCAAAAGCGAUUGUGUCGGCGGGAACCGGGGUUGGCGGAGACUCUGAGGGAAUCUGUCCGCCUCAGCCUCCUCGAAUGCCGCUAUCAGUUCCGCAACGAACGCUGGAACUGUAGUAUGGAUGGCCGUGGAAGCCUUUUAAAACGAGGUUUUAAAGAGACAGCCUUCCUGCUUGCGGUGUCAUCAGCGGCCUUGUCUCACGCACUGGCCAAAGCGUGCAGCUCGGGACGCAUGGAGCGCUGUACCUGUGACGAUUCUCCUGGUCUGCAGCACCGCGAGGCCUGGCAGUGGGGCGUAUGUGGGGACAAUCUGAAAUACAGCACCAAGUUUCUCAAGAAGUUCUUGGGGCAAAAACGGGUCAGCAAGGACCUGCGUGCCCAGAUCGACGCUCACAACAUUAACGUCGGCAUCCGGGCAGUGAAGAGUGGACUUAAGACUACUUGUAAGUGUCACGGCGUCUCCGGUUCGUGUGCUGUGAGGACGUGCUGGAAGCAGCUCUCCCUGUUUCAAGACACAGGCCAUUUGCUGAAGUACCGCUAUGACACGGCCGUUCGAGUGCACAGCGUCACCAACUCCGCCACAGGGGAGACGGAGCUGGCGAGCGCUCGUCGACAUAGCAACACAGUUCCCCGUCCACGGCCCACUGAGCUGGUGUUUCUGGAGGAGUCGCCCAGCUUCUGCAGGCCAUCACGAUACUCGCCCGGGACGGCCGGCAGACCGUGCUCCAAGGACACCAGUUGCAGUAGCCUUUGCUGUGGACGAGGCUACAACACGGCCCUCCGCCUCACCACCCUCUCCUGCAACUGCCAGGUCCGCUGGUGCUGUCACGUCGAGUGUCAAACCUGCCUCCGAGAAGAGGAGGUCUACACUUGCAAGAAACAUUGAUAGACCAUGCAAGAAGGAGACUGAGAGGAAGAAGCAGAAAGUGAGGAAGGUUGUGGAUGCGUCUAGUAGUCAACUAAUGAGAGAUUUGGAAAGGUUUGGAUGUUGUGAUCCAGGUUGUGCUAAGAGAAAAGAUUUUGAGGAUGAUCUGCCAGUCUUACCUGAUUCAGAAUGGCUUAGAUGAGAUAGCUAAAUAGCUGAGCGUCACUUUCUCAAACUCUGGGCUCCCACAUGGAGUUCCUAACUCUGAGGAACAUUUUCAUGUAAUCUAACCAAUCAGCACCUAAACAAGAGUAUACAAGCCGCUGCUUACCCCUGUCCUUCAACAAUUCUUCCUCCAACUUCUUGGUCGGUUACCAAUAAAACCAGUCAAGAGAGUCCAAGGGGGGUAUUUACGGCUCGGGUCGGUCUUGAACCCUCCAUGGACAGCAAGCCAAAUAUGUAUACCUUCUCUUCAUUAAAGAUUACAUGAACAUGUGAACUCAUGAAACCUGGACAUUGGCCCCAGAGCGUUUGUGAGAUGCUUGACUAGAAUAAAAUGGCUCUUCUGCUGUUAAGGAAACAAAAUAGGACGUUCCACGUGUUUCCCAGCUUCUCGCAAGAAGUGGAGGUUUGAAUUGAACCAGACCACUCUUUUCUUCUGCAGUGAUAAACCAACCUCACCGGGAAGGCUGCCUUUUGAACAGUCUGUGUUGCACGCACACUAAUGGCAAUGGACUAGUGAUCUGCGACAUUUAGAUAUACUCAAACUAAUAAGUGAGAUGGCGGUCUGCUCACUUACAAUUCUGACUGCUUGUCUCUUUUUACCUGCCUAUACUGUAUAUCUCUCUAUUGCUCUGAGAGUCCACAUAUGGCUUCAAAAUAUACUGAAAGUAUGAAGCACUUA